AUGACCGAGUUUGACGACUGCGGCCCCAGCGCAGCCAAUAUGUAUCUGCCGGGCUGCGCUUAUUACGUGGCCCCCUCGGAUUUCUCCAGCAAGCCCUCGUUUCUGUCGCAGACGUCGUCUUGUCAAAUGACUUUCCCCUACUCCUCCAACCUGCCUCACGUCCAACCGGUGCGCGAAGUGGCGUUCCGCGACUACGGCUUGGAGCGCGGUAAAUGGCAAUACCGGGGCAGUUACGCUCCCUAUUACGCGGCGGAGGAGGUGAUGCACAGGGACUUGCUGCCGCCCGGGAGCCGGAGGCCGGAUAUGCUAUUCAAGGCUGCCGAACCCGUUUGCGGUCCCCACGGCCCCUCGGGCGCCGCCUCCAACUUCUACAGCACCGUGGGGCGCAAUGGGAUCCUGCCCCAGGGCUUCGACCAGUUUUACGAGGCGGCGCCUGGACCCCCUCAGCAGCAACAGCAACAGCAGCCGCCUCAGCCCAGCGGCGAGCCCGAGGGGGAAGCUGAGAAGAGCGGCCUGAAGUCUCCGGCCACCGCGAGUCCCUGCGGCAAAGCCCCUUCGGGGCCGGAGUCCAAGGGGGCAGCGGAGAGCGGCUCCAGCGGCGAGGCCCCCCCAGGGGAGGCGGGGGCGGAGAAGAGCGGAGGCGCAGUGGUCCCCCAGCGAUCGAGGAAAAAGAGGUGUCCCUACACCAAAUACCAGAUCCGAGAACUGGAACGGGAAUUUUUCUUCAACGUGUAUAUAAACAAAGAAAAAAGACUCCAACUGUCUCGAAUGCUCAACCUUACUGACCGACAAGUCAAAAUCUGGUUCCAGAAUCGCAGGAUGAAAGAAAAGAAACUGAACAGAGAUCGACUCCAAUAUUUCACUGGGAACCCCUUAUUCUGA